GAAAGCCGAAAGCUACGAACCAUUGAAAAAGACACACACAGGCAGCAGCAGGAACAGAAACAGCAAUUUCGUCAAUCCAAAAAGAAAGAAACAAAAUUCAAUUGCAACUUUCGCAAAGGCAAAAUCCCGAGAACCGGUACUGCUGCUUUACUGUGUCACCACCAACUGGGUCUGUUUGUUUUGUUCUCCGGUUGUUUUCUGUCCCGCUCCUGGUAAAAAAACCCACUUCUUGUUUUUAUGUGAAAAAAACCAGAACUAUGUUGAGACAGAAAGCUUUGAUCCGCGAUUAGAGCACAAGUAGGGCAAGGGAAAAUGCUUUGGCGAUUAGGAUCGGUUUGUCUUUAUGGGAGUGGGGGGGGUUGGUGGGUCAGUGUUGUUUAGUAUAAGUUGAGAGAUCUUCUGGAAUUUUGUUCUUGGAGGAAACCUGAAUCUUGGGGGCCCUGGUGGGAAUUGGAGAGUUGGUAACAGGGAGGAAGGAGAAACAUCUCCGGGUGAAUCACGAGAAACGCUUCCUUGCGGUGGUUGGUAUUCCCUUUUGGGUGUUUCUAGGAGUCACCUUUUUCAAAAAUGUUUUGGUGAAUCAGAUCCACUUGGUUUUAGAAGCUCUGAUCUCGAAAGAUUUACGGCUUCUUGUGUUUGGGGCUGCCUCAGCGUGACAACAAGGCAGGGAUAACUCUGUCACGAGUUAGAAUUGGGAAACAAGAAAAUUUAGAUUCAGGCACAAAUGGGGAAAAUAUAGAUGAAAGAGAAAACUCAUUUGCGGCUUCUCCCAUGCAAGCUAUGAGGUUAGUUCAGUUUGUGAUUAGGGAAAUAUUCUAUCUUUUGUUUAGUCUUCAGUGGGUUUAUUGUAAAUAGGCUAGUUCCGUUCAAUUUAGAAGGUUCUCUUGAAUUUGUGAUUUAAAGCACAUAGGGUGGUGAUUUUUGUUCUAGAGAAGCUACUUGGGUGUUGGUGACACUGUGCUUUAGUGGGUAUUGUGAAUCUUGAGGUGGGAAUUGAAGAUGGCGAUGUCCUGCAAGGAUGGUAAAUUAGGGAGCAUUGACAAUGGCAAGUAUGUAAGGUAUACACCGGAGCAGGUUGAGGCUCUUGAGAGGCUUUAUCAUGACUGUCCAAAGCCCAGUUCAAUUCGCCGCCAACAAUUGAUUAGGGAGUGCCCUAUCCUCUCCAACAUCGAGCCAAAACAGAUCAAAGUCUGGUUCCAAAACAGGAGAUGUAGGGAGAAGCAGAGAAAAGAGUCAUUACGCCUUCAAGCCGUGAAUAGGAAGCUGACGGCUAUGAACAAGCUGUUAAUGGAGGAGAAUGAUAGGUUGCAAAAGCAAGUGUCACAGCUGGUUUAUGAGAAUGGCUACUUUCGCCAACACACCCACAAUGCAACGCUUGCAACCAAAGAUGCAAGCUGUGAAUCGGUGGUGACAAGCGGUCAACACCAGCUGACACCUCAGCAUCCGCCAAGGGAUGCUAGUCCUGCAGGGCUUUUGUCCAUUGCAGAAGAGACUUUAGCAGAGUUUCUUUCGAAGGCCACUGGAACUGCUGUGGAGUGGGUACAGAUGCCUGGAAUGAAGCCUGGUCCGGAUUCCAUUGGAAUCGUUGCUAUUUCUCAUGGUUGCACUGGCGUGGCAGCACGUGCUUGCGGCCUUGUGGGUCUAGAACCCACUAGGGUUGCAGAAGUUCUCAAGGAUCGGCCUUCGUGGUUUCGCGAUUGCCGAACUGUGGAUGUUCUAAAUGUGCUGCCUACUGCUAAUGGUGGAACCAUUGAGCUGCUGUACAUGCAGCUUUAUGCGCCAACGACAUUGGCGCCGGGUCGUGAUUUCUGGUUGUUGCGCUAUACUUCAGUUCUGGAAGAUGGCAGCCUUGUGGUUUGUGAGAGGUCACUUAAAAAUACACAGAAUGGUCCUAGCAUGCCAGCAGUGCAGCAUUUUGUCCGGGCAGAAAUGUUGCCCAGUGGAUAUCUAAUCCGACCAUGUGACGGGGGUGGCUCAAUAAUACACAUUGUUGAUCAUAUGGAUUUAGAGCCAUGGAGUGUACCAGAAGUGUUGCGCCCGCUGUAUGAAUCAUCAACUGUGCUUGCUCAGAAGACAACAAUGGCGGGUCUGCGCCAACUAAGGCAGAUAGCUCAGGAGGUCUCCCAGUCUAAUGUUACUGGCUGGGGAAGACGACCAGCAGCCCUUAGAGCACUUAGUCAGAGGUUGAGCAGGGGAUUCAAUGAGGCUCUCAAUGGGUUCACUGAUGAGGGAUGGUCAAUGAUGGGAAAUGAUGGCAUGGAUGAUGUUACUAUCCUCGUGAACUCAUCCCCUGAAAAGCUGAUGGGCUUGAAUCUUUCUUUUAGCAAUGGUUUUCCAUCGGUCAGCAAUGCAGUUUUGUGUGCUAAGGCAUCAAUGCUUUUACAGAAUGUGCCUCCUGCUAUUCUUCUUCGGUUUUUGCGUGAGCACAGAUCAGAAUGGGCUGAUAACAGCAUUGAUGCUUACUCAGCAGCAGCAAUUAAAGUUGGUCCCUGUAGCUUACCAGGGUCGCGAGUGGGAGGUUUUGGGGGUCAAGUGAUACUUCCCCUGGCUCACACUAUUGAGCAUGAAGAGUUCUUGGAGGUCAUUAAGUUGGAAGGAGUUGGGCAUUCUCUUGAAGACACAAUGAUGCCCAGAGACAUAUUUCUCUUGCAGCUAUGCAGUGGGAUGGAUGAGAACGCUGUGGGCACCUGUGCUGAACUUAUAUUUGCUCCCAUUGAUGGUUCUUUUGCUGAUGAUGCACCUCUCUUGCCUUCUGGUUUUCGCAUCAUUCCUCUUGAUUCUGGGAAGGAAGCCUCCAGUCCAAACCGGACCUUGGACCUCGCCUCUGCCCUUGAGAUUGGACCUGCAGGAAAUAAAUCAUCUAAUGAUUAUUCUGCUAAUUCUGGCUGUACAAGAUCUGUGAUGACUAUAGCCUUUGAAUUUGCUUUUGAGAGUCAUAUGCAAGAACAUGUAGCGACUAUGGCUAGGCAGUAUGUCCGCAGCAUUAUCUCAUCUGUUCAGAGGGUGGCAUUAGCACUUUCUCCUUCUCAUUUAGGUUCACAUGCUGGUCUCCGGACACCACUGGGCACUCCUGAAGCACAGACCCUUGCUCGGUGGAUCUGCCAGAGUUAUAGGUGCUACUUGGGAGUAGAGCUGCUUAAAUCCAGCAGUGAAGGGGCUGAAUCCAUCCUCAAGACUCUGUGGCAUCACUCAGAUGCUAUCAUGUGCUGCUCUCUGAAGGCUUUGCCUGUGUUUACUUUUGCAAACCAAGCUGGGCUUGAUAUGCUGGAAACAACCUUGGUUGCUUUACAAGAGAUAGCCCUGGAGAAGAUAUUUGAUGAUCAUGGGCGAAAAACACUCUGCACAGAGUUCCCUCAGAUUAUGCAACAGGGCUUUUCUUGUCUUCAAGGUGGCAUAUGCUUGUCAAGCAUGGGAAGACCCGUUUCGUAUGAGAGAGCAGUAGCUUGGAAGGUGCUGAAUGAAGAAGAGAGUGCUCACUGCAUCUGUUUUAUGUUCGUGAACUGGUCCUUCGUUUGAAACCUAGGAUGCAAGAGGAAAUGGUAUCGAACUUAAACUAAACUCAGGUUAAUGUAUUGUUAUUGUGUUUAUCCUUAACUAUGAAAAACUGUGUAACAAUAUCUGUCUGUUUCGAUUUUCCUUUGUAUUCCAAGACUAUGUUUUGUUGCUGGAAUCUUGAAAACUUCGAUCAGUCAAGAAAUGGUCAGACAGGGCACAAACCACUUGCUAGUUUGCUCUUAAUGAUUGCUUAUUUCCUCAUAAUGUGCACUCUCACAUAUGUUAAUGCCUUAAUGUUAAGAGAUUCCAUUGAGUAAGGAAUUGUAAAAUUUGACAUAUUAUAUAUAUAUUGCAAGGGUGCAGAAGAUUGAAAAGAACAUUGUACAUGCUUUUAUCGGAACAGUACAUAUGAACUUGCUUACACGAAAAUGACCUACAAGGUUAUCCUAAGCCCUCGACGAGUUCCUGCUUAUCCUUCACAACUUCUAACAAAUCUUUGCAUGCACG